AUGUCUGACCCCAUCACACUCAAUGUUGGGGGGAAGCUCUAUACAACCUCACUGGCAACCCUGACCAGCUUCCCUGACUCUAUGCUGGGCGCCAUGUUCAGCGGGAAGAUGCCCACCAAGAGGGACAGCCAGGGCAACUGCUUCAUUGACCGUGAUGGCAAAGUGUUCCGCUACAUCCUCAACUUCCUCCGAACCUCCCACCUGGACUUGCCCGAGGACUUCCAGGAGAUGGGCCUGCUGCGCAGGGAGGCCGACUUCUAUCAGGUGCAACCCCUGAUUGAGGCCCUGCAGGAGAAGGAGGUGGAGCUGUCCAAGGCCGAGAAGAAUGCCAUGCUCAACAUCACGCUGAACCAGCGUGUGCAGACGGUCCAUUUCACCGUGCGUGAGGCACCCCAGAUCUACAGCCUCUCCUCUUCCAGCAUGGAGGUCUUCAACGCCAACAUCUUCAGCACCUCGUGCCUCUUCCUCAAGCUCCUCGGCUCCAGGCUCUUCUACUGCUCCAAUGGCAACCUCUCCUCCAUCACCAGCCACCUGCAAGACCCCAACCACCUCACUCUGGACUGGGUGGCCAAUGUGGAGGGCCUGCCAGAGGAGGAGUACACCAAGCAGAACCUCAAGAGGCUCUGGGUGGUGCCAGCCAACAAGCAGAUCAACAGCUUCCAGGUCUUUGUGGAGGAGGUGCUCAAGAUCGCUCUGAGUGAUGGCUUCUGCAUCGACUCUUCUCACCCACAUGCUGUGGAUUUUAUGAACAAUAAGAUUAUUCGAUUAAUACGGUACAGGUAA